AUGGGUUGGUUCUGGGCAGAUACUCCAAGUCCGGCGGUCAUUCCACAUGCCUCUAACACAAGCGCAUCUCCUCCGCCGGGAUGCCCGAUGCAUGAAGCAGGCGCGAAGCCUGCACCAACACUGGCUGCUGAGCCUCCCAGCAGCUGUCCGAUGAAAUCCAAGGAUUCUCCGUUCUAUUCCCCCCCAAAAGCAGCACAAGAAAUUCCGCAGCCAUCUGUCGCGCAGCCCGUCGCGCAACCUUCAACCUUGUCAAAACUGAACCCUCUGAACUACAUGUUCGCGUCGAUCUCCCAAGAGCGCGCGACCAACCAGACCGUUGACCUACCCAUCGAGCGUGAGCCCUCGUCCAUCCCGAGAGGCGAUGCCGAAGGUAACUGGGAGUAUCCUUCGCCGCAGCAAAUGUACAAUGCGAUGCUGCGCAAAGGACACACCGAUACCCCCCAAGACGCGGUUGAAUCGAUGGUCGCAGUGCACAACUUCCUCAACGAAGGCGCCUGGGAUGAGAUUGUUUCGUGGGAACGCGUGUUCAGCAAAGGCCUCCAGGCCGGAUGGCAGCACUGCCGACGAGGCGAGGAAAACCUGAGCAACGACCUGAUAUACGCCGACGAGAACGGGAAAUUUGACGAUGCCUCCCCGCCUCGUCUGCUGCGUUUCCAGGGUCGCCCACAAGAAUGGUCGCCCAAGGCCUCAAUCUACCAAGCCCUGAGCUGGGCAUACCCGACCAAGUUUGAAACGAGCCCUCCAUUCGAUCGCCACGAUUGGUAUGUCGUCCGUCAAACCCCUACCGGCCCGAAGGAGAUCCGAUACGUGAUCGACUAUUACUCCGGGGAUCCCGACCCUCACGGACUCCCGGUCUUCCACCUUGAUAUUCGUCCCGCAAUCGAUACCCCCCACAGCCGCUGCUGA